AUGGCUACACAAUUGCCUAUUUUCCCCAAUGCUACUUCGUUAUUUGUCCACAGUGGCAACAUUCUCAACUGGGAUAGACUUAAGAAGAGGCCACUCCAAACUCCAAAAGACGAGUUUAUUGAGUGUAUAAAGGAAACAGUGUCAGCUCAUAUUGAAACAACUGAACAAACAGCACUACAGUAUGAAACAGAACUCAAUUGCGUCCAUUCAGAAUUCAAAGAAGUUGUACCAAAAGAAGAUCGAUCCGAACUAAAACUCACAGUGAAAAUAUUUCUCUAUCAUCCUCAGCCUCCUUCUGUGGUAAGAGAAGCUGUUGAGAAAGUGUUGGAUGAAUUAGAUGUAGACUACAUUGAAACAUUGCUGCUUUCUUGGAAUGGGGAAUUUGAUGAAGAAGAAAGUGAAGUUGAAUUGAAGUUGAAACAUGUGAAACCAUUCUGGGAAGUGGUUCAGCAAUUGUAUGAAGAGGAACUGCUGCUUAUGCCAGGAGUAUCAGAUUUGGACAAUGAAUUAUUAGAGGAACUCUACAAAUGGGCCACAGUGAAACCAUGCAUCAACCAAGUGAAUUUGGCGAGUUGUUGUGUAAUGCCACCAGAGUUAAUAGAAUUUGCUAAAGAAUCUGAGAUCCAGUUACUUACUCAUAGUGACCCAAAAGAUCUUUUCCCAAGCAAAACGUUACAAGAGGUCAUAAGCAGUUGCAGUACAAAGUAUGAUGGCCAGAAUUGGACCACAGAAUGGGCAGUAUGUUAUUCAGUGGUAGUUAAAUGCCGGGGGAUCAUCCAGAAAAAAGGGAAUAUGGUCAAGGCUAGACGACCUCCACGACAAGCUUUACUUGAAAAUGAAGCAGGCUGUUCAGACUCACAUUGA